GGCCUUCUUCAACAUCAAAGACAUCACACAGGGAAGAAGCUGUAUUCAUGUUCAGACUGUGGGAAAUGUUUUACUAACAAAUCACAUCUGGAAAACCAUCAGAGAAUUCACACUGGAGAGAAGCCGUUUUCAUGUUCAGAAUGUGGAAAAUGUUUUACGAAAAAAACACAUCUUGAAACCCAUCAGCGAAUUCACACAGGAGAGAAGCCGUUUUCAUGUUCAGAAUGUGGAAAAUGUUUUACUAGAAAAUCACAUCUUGAAAACCAUCACAGAAUUCACACAGGAGAGAAGCCGUUUUCAUGUUCAGAAUGUAGGAAAUCUUUUACUGAUAAAUCAAGUCUUGAAAGCCAUCAGAGAAUUCACACAGGAGAGAAGCCGUUUGCGUGUUUAGAAUGUGCGAAAUCCUUUACUAGAAAGUCAGUUCUUCUUCUACAUCAAAGAGGUCACACAGGAGAGAAGCCGUAUUCAUGUUCAGAAUGUGGAAAAUCUUUUACUCGGAAAGCACAUCUUCAGAGCCACCAGAGAAUUCACACAGGGGACAAAACGUAUUCAUGUUCAGAAUGUAGGAAAUCUUUUACUGAGAAAUCAAGUCUUGAGAGCCAUCAGAGAAUUCACACAGGAGAGAAGCCGUUUUCGUGUUCAGAAUGUGGAAAAUAUUUUACUAGAAAAACACAUCUUGAAAACCAUCAAAGAAUUCACACAGGAGAGAAGCCAUUUUCAUGUUUAGAAUGUGGUAAAUCUUUUACUCGGAAAUUACAUCUUCAGAGCCACCAGAGCAUUCACACAGGGGAUAAGCCGUAUUCAUGUUCAGAAUGUAUAAAAUCUUUUACUGAGAAAUCAAGUUUUGAGAGACAUCGGCAAAUUCACAUAGGGGAGAAGCUGUAUUCAUGUUCAGAAUGUGGCAAAUGUUUUACUCAGAAAUCAUCUUUAAAGAGCCAUCAGAAAAUUCACACAGGGGACAAGCCGUAUUCAUGUUCAGAAUGUAGGAAAUGUUUUACUGAGAAAUCAAGUCUUGAGAGACAUCAGAGAAUUCACACAGGAGAGAAGCCGUUUUUGUGUUCAGAAUGUGGCAAAUGUUUUACUCAAAAAUCAUCUCUUGUCCAACAUCAGAGAAUUCACACAGGGAACAACCAAUUCUGAAUCCUUCCUGUAAAAUAUGCCAUGAAUUUCCAUAUUUUUUCUUGCUAUCA